GCAACAUUCGACUUACAAAGAAUCUUUUCCACUGAGGAUUGUUCAGGCCCGUAAGUGCCUGAACUUCGUCUGAAGAAACCUUCGAGAUUGAUGCCAUGAGUGAAUUGAAGUUUUUGGUUGAGGGUUUUCUACUUAAAUAUGCAAAAGGCGGGGAUCGGUGCUGGACAGCAGAAAACGUGCUGGACAACCCAAAACGUGCUGGACAGCAGAAAUCGUGCAGCACGACAAAAAUCGUGCAGCAAGACAGACAUCGUGCAGCAAGACAGACAUCGUGCAGCAAGACAGACAUCGUGCAGCAAGACAGACAUCGUGCAGCAAGACAGACAUCGUGCAGCAAGACAGAUGUCGUGCAGCACGACAGAAAACGUGCAGCACAGCAGAAAAGAUGCUGUCGGAUCUGACACGCCAUGGACAUGGGGACCCUCGCGUUGCCUCGCGUGGGUUCUGCAAGUUCUCCCCAGAGACAUGGGGACCCUCGCGCUGCCUCGCAUGGCUGCAGAUGGAAUUUGAGGGCUUCUGCAAGUUCUGACCGCUACCUUAGUUUUGAGCAAAAUGAUAAGCACGCCACAGACAUGGGUAGCCUCGCGCUGCCUCGCAUGGCGUCGGGUGUCCUCCC